AUGAACUUUAAACGGCUAUUAUUGCCAAUCAACCGGAUCAGGUGUUUGGAUCGCCUAGAUGACAGAGGACAUCGAACCCGAUGCUGUUACUCCACCAUAGUAGCCACAACAAGUCCAGAUGCUAAAGAUAAAAUUCCUCCAAACGUGGCCCUUCCUGUCUCCACUACAUCUUUAUUCCAGAAGGAUGAUCCGUUUGUGAAAGAGAUCAUGAAGAAUGCCGUGCCCAAAGAAGAACCAAACGAAACAACAACUGACAAUGACUGGAAGGGGUAUUUUAGUUUUUUAGCGUUUACUUUUGCUUUUAGUGUACCCGUGGUGAAAACGACAGGAGUUGUAAAGACAUAUGACAAACGAAAGGUCGGCCGAAUUGGAGUAUUUUGGGGAAAAGGCGAAGCGUUGAAUGUCUACAAAGAGUUAGAUCUAAAAGGAGCGGAUACUCCACUUACCGUUACUCUGGCUGAACUUGAUGCUGUUAUAUUAGCCUUGAGACAGGCUAUUUUCGAAAAGAAUUUGACUCGCGUUGUGAUCGAGACAGAUUCUGAAUUCGUGGCCAAGGUUUGCUCAAGAUAUCUACAGUUUUGGAGAGGAAAUAGCUUUAUGAAAGUUGAUGGAACUCCCGUUAAGAAUAAGUUAUUUAUUGAAGAUUUGGAUCGGCUUCUUCAACAGAUCGAUGUAAGUUCUAUUCAUCGGAUAUUCGUAUGCCAUUGUCUUAGGCUAAGGUGGUAUUCAGUCAAUUGAAAACGAGGUUUACCAAUGAUGUUAUAGCGCAUUUGAAGAACGAAAGUGAUUUCCAAGUGGCUUUAGAAGAGGAUAAACAUCUCCAUACCCCAGAACCAUUUAUUUCCCUACCUCCCACCACUUCGAAUGUCAUUUACACUGCUGGGAAAGUCCACACCACUCAGAACCGAAAUGGAAAUUAUUUUACAUUGGCUGGUUAUGGGAUACAUUGGCCUUCAAAAGUGACAGCGGAUGAUUGUGGGCGAUAUGCGAGAUACCCAGUGACUGAAUUCCGAACACAAUUAACAGGAAUCUUGAAGGCUGUUGAAUUGGCAAAAGAAGGUGGACUGGAUGAAGUUUACAUUGUUACGGAUUCUCAACUUUUUCUCAAAUUCAACAAACUCAAGUGGACUAAAAAGGAUGGGUCGCCGGUUGCCAAUAAAGAUCUCUAUGAUAAGAUAAAGGUUGCUGAAACUGGAAUGACGGUAAGGGAUAACGUUAGCGCCUAAUUUUCUCCUGUAGGUUCAUUAUAGUUAUGUUCCGUCAAAUUUCAACAAACAAAUGGAGAGAGCGGGCAUGCUGGCGGAUGACGGAAUGUGCUUUCCAAUCGAAAAAUCUCGGAAGUCAUAA